UCGAUAUUUUGUAUUCCCUAGCGUCAGCGGGAGGGUUGUCAUCUUUGCACGAGCAAAACGAAGUCCAAGCACUUUAGACUUGGCCUCAAAAGAAGUGGGUCUACCAUUGGAUCAAUUCGCGAGCUUUCUGACCCCCACCAAUUUCCAGAUGUCUUCCAAGAAUCUCAUGGUGAUAGACUGCGAUGCAGGAGUUGACGAUGCUCAUGCGAUCAUGGUCGCCCUUAGUAGUAACCUAGACGCAGAAGUACUUGCUAUAACGUGUGUAAAGGGAAACGUCCACGUGGAUAAGGUCUGGUACAACGUACAUAGGGUGCUAGACGCGUGUGAUAAGAAAGAGAUUCCAGUCUACCAAGGAGCUGCCAGUGCUCUCCUCAUGCCGACUCCAGAGGCAGACUUCCACGGCAAAGAUGGCCUCGGUGAUGCUCCUCAUGCCAAGCUUACCAUCCACCCGGAUCACCACCGUGCCGAACAUGCCGUUGAUAUGCUCAUCUCACUGGCCAAUAAACAUCCAGGUUUAAUUUCACUGAUUGCUAUUGGACCGUUGACAAAUCUAGCCCUUGCAGAGCGGAUGGAUCCUGGGUUCUCAUCUAAACUGAAGGCAGUUUACAUUAUGGGAGGAAACAUGCAUGGUAAGGGGAAUGUGACUCCAACUGCAGAGUUUAAUUUCCACCAAGACCCUGAGGCAGCGUACAUCGUGCUUGAAACCUUUCAAUGUCAGGUGUAUCUGCUUACAUGGGAGCUGACUCUCGCCACUGAAGUCACGUUGAAUUGUUUUAAAGAUUUAUUGAAGAUGGACACAAAGAGAAGCAACUUCCUUAAAGAUAUCAGCAAGAAAAGCUACGACAUCAUGGCCGAUAAGGAGCUGAGGCCUCAGUUUGGGUGUAUAGAAAGCGACGGCUGGAACUGCUGUGACGCGCUCGCCUCAGCUGUCGCCAUAGAUCCAUCCAUCAUCACUGACUCCAAAUCUUGCCCCUGCUCCAUCUCACUGGCUGGGGUCACGAGAGGUCAACUCAUCGUCGACUGGAAUGGAUUUUGGGGGGACAAGAGCAAACGGACUGUCAUCAUGAACGUCAAUAUGGAGAGGUACAAAGAGAUUCUGACUAACUCUGUUCUCUGAGGUCAUAAGGUCACUAAGGGUGUAAAGGUAAAUCAAUAUUGAGCAAGUUCGAGUGAGGGACUACAAUAUAUAUUUAGUAAGGUUUGCGGUAACACCAUGCAAUGAUAAUAUCUAAUUGAGUUGGGGUGGUUUUACUUGCACUUUUUCCACUUGUAAAUAGAGGAUGUCGUGUUCCUGGUCGCGCACUUUGCACCUUUCACAGUACGACUCUACUCUACUACAAAAGGAAUGUACUUCACCAUAUAGAUAGAUAGAUAGAUAGAAAAGAACGGUAGGUUUCAACUCUAUAGAUUUUCAACUCUAUAGGAGACUAUAGUUGACUUAGUGUAUUGUGCAUAGGUAACUCUGGAACUUUGACUAUUGGAUGACAAAAUUUGUUGCUCGAACUUGCCCAUUGUUGAGAAAAGAAUCCCUUAUUUGAUUGGGUUUAUAGGUUCUGUAUUUUGUAAAGGAAAUGCACAUAAAAUAGGUAACACGUCUGGAAAAAACUGCACUCAGGUUGUAGUACUCGGGUAAGAUUCGAACUGCUUUUAGCAAUCUUAAUGGUCUAGUAAGUGGUAAGACAUCUGCUCAAGAAUAGCAAAGGGUUAGGGUUCAAAUCCCACCUGAGUAAUGUGCAUGUAGAUUUCUUUCACUGGACUUAUCAGAGUUCGAAAUUUACACUGGAUCGCAGGCCCCAAUGCCAGUGGUUUUAGCAUUGAGCCAGUAAACUCAUGACUGAACCAGCCCGGUGGUCUUGUCAAUUAUUAAUAUUAUCUUCCAGUACGCGCUUAUCCUCCAAUCAGAUGCUCGAACCGGAGUGUGAUAUCUGACGAUAACCUACUCCCAGUUUUUGUAUUGCCCUCUGCGUAUGAUGAGUGACAAUGCUUCACACUCUGCAUACGGUCAGUGCAAAAAAAUAGUCUAAAAUGUGCGUUUGCAAAACCAAAGACAUAACCUUCUGCCUCAUUGGAUAUGGGAUGUAGAAACGCUAUAUUUUUUUUGUAUUCCACUUGUGCUUUUGUAAUAACUUAUAAUACUAGGCUACCUCACUCUGUUAAAGUAUCUUUGUGGAAAAUUUUGAUAGUAUCUCUCAAUUCUCUUUUCAAUUUACGCACAAGAUAAAUGAGAUCUACAUGUAUGUAACAUCUUCUUUAAGUGCUUUUCUGUAACUCAUUUUGAUUCUGAUCUUGUAAGAUAAAUUCAUGUCUCAUAAA